AUGAUUCUCCUGUUAAUUACUCUAUCUAUCUAUCUAUCUAUCUAUCUAUCUAUCUAUCUAUCUAUCUAUCUAUCUAUGUCAUCACCACGUACUAUUAGUUACUAUAUCCAACAUCCAUCUAUCUAUCUAUCUAUCUAUCUAUCUAUCUAUCUAUCUAUCAGUUUUUAUCUACCUUAUAUUAUUCUGUUCAUAUCUAUCUAUCUGUUUUUUAUCUACCUUAUAUCAUUCUGUUCAUAUCUAUCUAUCUAUCUAUCUAUCUAUCUAUCAGUUUUUAUCUACCUUAUAUUAUUCUGUUCAUAUCUAUCUAUCUGUUUUUUAUCUACCUUAUAUCAUUCUGUUCAUAUCUAUCUAUCUAUCUAUCUAUCUAUCUAUCUAUCUAUCUAUCUAUCUAUCAGUUUUAUCUACCUUAUAUUAUUCUGUUCAUAUCUAUCUAUCUGUUUUUUAUCUACCUUAUAUCAUUCUGUUCAUAUCUAUCUAUCUAUCUAUCUAUCUAUCUAUCUAUCUAUCUAUCUAUCUCAGUCUCUUCAUUAUCUAUGUAUCCCAAUCUCUACAUUAUUUAUUUCUCUGUCUCUCCCUCUCCAUCUAUCUAUCUAUCUAUCUAUCUAUCUAUCUAUCUAUCUAUCUAUCUAUCUAUCUAUCUAUCUAUCUAUCUAA